AUGACAUUUUUAUUCUCCUCCAUCCUGAUUUUCCUACUCCUUGAGGCGGGAUCUGCCCAGUUGCUGGACGAGAGAUGUCAAAAGUCAUACAGAUCGCGAGUUAUUGGUGGUAAAAAUUCAGAGCGGGCUCCUUGGAUGGCUUACUUGAUACGCAAUGGGAAUUUCGCUUGCGGAGGCUCACUGGUUGCAUACCGUUUCGUACUGACAGCAGCUCAUUGUACCCAAGUGAACGACAAUUUGUAUGUUCGCUUGGGAGAACUGGAUUCAGCUACCAACAGGGAUGGCCCCACUGAGCAAUUUCGGGUAGUACAAAUCUUUAGGCAUGAAAACUACGUUACUCACAUGUCCCACGACAUAGCGCUACUCAAACUCGAUCGAGCUGUGGUCUACAGAGCCAAUGUCCGGCCCAUAUGUAUUAUGUUGGACACCAAACUGCGGUCAAAAAUCAACGCUAUCCCAGAAUUUACCCUUACCGGCUGGGGUCAGAGUGCCCAUUAUUAUCAGAUGCCGACGCGGCUCCAGAGACUGACCGUGCGGCGGAUCAACGAUUACUGGUGCAAUGGUCAGACAGAGCGAUUCUGUUGCCGAAAUCCCGCACAGUUCGUUUGCUUUGGCGACUCGGGAAGUCCCUUGGGUGCCCUGGUCUUAUACAGAAAAAGGAUCAUCUUUGCCCAGUUUGGAAUAGCCAGUUCGGUUACGGGUAAUUGCGAUGGUUAUGGCAUAUUUACGGACGUUAUGCACUAUACCCCUUGGCUCGUGGCCACAAUACGACGUCAUUGGAAUUAGGUUGGAAAAGGAAAAUACAAUAAAAACUAAGUUCUAGCAAUAAAUAAUGGUGGUAAAAAUCU